AUGCGAGUACUCCGGGCAGCAGAUGCUAAAGUUAAUUGGUUGGUUGAGAGGCUUCCCAAUUUUGUGAAAGAGGCAAUUGAGGCAGCCAUGGCACCCUACACUCAGGCGAUCACAGAAAUUAGGGCGGAGCAGGACAAAAUUAAGGAGCAUGUUCGCCACAUUGAUCGUCGAUUGGAGCAGAUUGAGGGGGGCAGUGUAGGCGGCCUUCCGGCCAUUCGGGCGGACCUCGCUAAGGUCAAGGAGGACAUUCGACUAUUACAGGUCCCCGAUAUUGAGCUGAGUGCACCCAUUCUACCUUCCGGUGCUUCCUUGUUCUCCACUGGGCCCACAGCGCCUGCCAUGCCUUCGGGAAAAGGGGUGGUGGAGCCAACUGGGGAGGAAGAAGACACUGAAGAAGACACUGAGGAAGAAGAGGAGGAAAAACGUGAUGAAGAGUUUGAUGAGGAGCUGGAGGUUGACCCAGCUGUUGAGAAGGCACGUACUUCCGCCCGGGCUGCUGGUAUCGCUGAGGAGGAGAUUGACACAUAUGUGGCGAUGCAGCACUCCCUAGAGGCAAGCAGGAAAUCCAGGGGGGCAUCUCGACCCCCGAGGGCGGGUGAGGAUAGUUCAUCCACCGCUCCUCCAGCUGACACACCAUUGCCCCCGCCGGUGGGGCCUGAGAUACCGACACCCGGGCUGGAGGGUGACACUGCCAUGCUUCCAUUGAUCAUACCUCCAUUGGAGGUCCUCCCUGCUAAUCAGACACCAUCGGACGCCAGGCGUCCAUCGUGA